AUGGACGAGCUGCACGAUGCCAUCCAGGACGCGCAGUACAUCGGCGCCGUGACCAACUCGCAGCGCGGCCCAAGCGCCGCGUUCUACAACCCGUCGGCCAACGAGCUCACGCAGUUCGUGGACCGCCAGGAGCGCGCGCUGGGCACUGACUGGCUCGGCCUCGAGAACCUGCUGGAUAUGCCGCUGGGCUUCUAUUUCUUCCGGCGGUUCUGCGAGGCGGAGCAGCACGGGAGCAGGAAAUUGGACUUCUUGGUCGAGGUGACCAAGUACCGCACGCUGCAGACCCCGGAGCAGCGCACCAUCAAGGCCAGGGAGAUCUGGGACCUUUUCUUCGGGAACGCGACUCCAGGCGGGGACUCCAACGCGGCGACUCGAGAAAGCGGCGUCACGGUUUGGUCGCCUGGAAUGCGAGGCGAAGCGCGCCUGCAUCAAACAACGCCACUCUCCCCUGCGACGGCCCCGUCGUCUUCCCCUGGAACAGAGUAUUGCUCUUCGAUUGGGAUGGCAAGCUCGACAGGGACUUCUCCUGGGAACAACACCCACGGAAAUGUUAUUAAUCCGCCGGUGGGGCGGACCAGUCCAACACGGAUGUCGCUCGGAUGUCUUGAGGAACUGAAUGUGGCAUCCAUGACCACGAAUGGGAUCGUGUUCUGGCGCAAGAAUGAAUCCUCGGUGACCAGAGCAGAUGUACGCGGCAUUUUCAGUAGUGUAUCCACGGAGGCAAGCCCCCUUGGAGUCGGCGGCGAGGUGGUUCAGCGGCUGACCGCAAUUUUCAAGCGGAAAGCAGCUCCGUUGACAACAGAAUCCGAACGUGGGGACUCAACGAACUGUUUGCGAGACGGAAGUCCAACCAACGUCGGAAGCCCCACAGCUAGCACUGUGUCUACCAGCGAACUCAACGACCUGGGGAUGGAAAGCCGAUCAGACAGCUCAGUGUCGAAGACGAUCGGCCAGCGGAACGAGAAGCGCUUGAGCCUGGAUGCUAAAGCAUGUGCACUGACACUGUUUGACGAGCUGGAGGCGUGCGUGCUAUGCAGUCUGGAGCAAUACCACUUGAAAGACUUCCGCUCCUCUGCAUUUCACAAGCGGUUGAUUGCCUUCCUGUUCCUGCAAAAGCGACGCGUGAGUGAAGAUGAUUUUACGGUACUCCGCGUACUUGGUCGCGGUGGGUUUGGUAUGGUGAACGGGUGCAUCAAGCGGACGUCGGCUUCUCUAUACGCGAUGAAGGUGAUGAACAAGAAGAUGAUCAAGAAGAAGCACGCCGAGAAGCUCUGCCUAGCCGAGCGGAAAAUACUAGCGAUGAUUUCGUCGCCAUUCGUCGUGUGCUUGAAGUACGCCUUCCAGACGCCCGAGGAACUCUUUCUCGUUCUCGACCUGCGGACGGGUGGAGAUCUUUCCUUUCACCUCAAUCGGGCGAGGUUUUCAGAGACACAAGUGCGGUUCUGGGCUGCACAAAUUCUACUGGGCAUUCAGCACUUGCACGACAAAAACAUUGUAUACCGGGACCUCAAGCCCGAGAAUAUUUUGCUGGACGAGAAGGGCAACUGCAGUAUUUCCGACCUUGGACUAGCUGUUGAGGUGACGCCGACCUUGACAGGCCGAUGCGGAACGCGAGGAUAUUGGGCACCCGAGAUGCUCCUGCGGGACGAGAGCGGAAAUCGGUUGGUAUACGACCAAACAGUCGAUUGGUGGAGCUAUGGGUGCUUGGUGUAUGAGCUCUUGUACGGGAAGUGUCCGUUUCGGACAUCAAAGGCGAAAGCUCUGCAUGAGGACAAGCAGCAAGCGUAUGAUAAGGCCACGCUGGAGCUCACGCCAGCGUACGACCCCAAGUAUUUCUCUCCAGAAGCAGCAGAGCUCAUCCAGCAAUUGCUAAACCGGGACCCAAAAAAGCGUCUAGGAGCGAAGGGAGCAGAGGAAGUCAAGUGCAUGCGGUUCUUCUCCUCUAUCGACUGGGUGCAGAUGGAGCAGAUGCAGGUCCCACCGCCGUUCGUGCCCGACAACGAGAUCAAUGCGGCGUCGCAGGCGGACAUCGGGUCCUUCGACAUUUCGAUCGUGAAGGGGAUUAAGCUGUCGGAGCAGGAGCAGGCCGCGUACAGCGGCUGGGACUACGUUUGCCCGGAGACGUUCCAGCGAGAAGCAGUCGAGUACCUCGUGUGGGAGGUCAAGCACGGGCCCUGCACGAUCGGGGCCAACAACAACUCGUGCUGCUCAAUUUUAUAA